UGUCUUUGCAGUUUUUUGUCUGCAGUUGUGUUUCAGUAGUUGUAUUUACUUAUAUCAGUAGUUGUGUGUCCGUAGUUGUGUAUCUGUAGUUGUGUGUCUCCCCCGCUCUGCCGUGACUCAGCCUCCCCCCCCCCCUCCCCGGAGCCACACCCCUGCCGCUCCCCAGAUGACUCAGUGUGAUACCGGACACCCCCCGCGCCCCCACUGCUCCGCGCGCGCUGAUCCCGCGAGGACUCCCUCAGAGAGGAGCAGAAGGAGCAGAAGCAGCCAUGAAGACCCUCGUGAUCACCGCCUCGCUGCUGGUCUUCAUCUCCGGAACCAGGACCGAGGACUUCGGUUUUAACCUGGCCGACGCCCUCGACGAACCAUCGCCCGCUCCCACACCCAAGGAUCCGCCCAAGGCUCCAGAGAAACCCGGCUCUGACGAUGGCUUUAGUCUGGAAGACGCCCUCCUUCCAGAUCCAAAAACCACCAAGAAACCAAGUGCCCCCAGCGGAGGAGGAGGAGGAGGAGGCUCGUUCAGCGACGAUGACCUGCUGAACACGCUGGACGACGGCUACAAACCCGACAAGACCGGUUCUGGAGGCCGAGCUGCAGACUCUAACUUCGAUUCUGCAGGUGGAGCAGAUCAGCCUCAAGAUCCAGACCCUCGGCUGGCCCAGCUCCUGAAGACUCUUUAUGCUCUGUUACCUGAGGAGGUUCUGGUCUGGAUGUCUGAUGUCAAGCAGGUCCUGCAGCCUCUGCUAGAGAGGGGUGUGGACCUCCUUCAGAACCUGGUCUAAGACUGGACCUCCCAGAGGUUCUGGCCUGAGACUGGACCUCCUGCAGAAUCUGGUCUAAGACUGGUUCUUCUGCAAAAUCUGGACUAAGACUGGACCUACUGGAGGUUCUGGUCUAAGACUGGACCUCCCAGAGGUUCCGGUCUGAGACCGGACCUCCUGGAGGUUCUGGUCUGAGACUGGACCUCCUGGAGGUUCUGGUCAAAGACUGGACCUCCUGCAGGAUCUGGUCUGAAGCUAGUCCUCCCGGAGAGUUCUGGUCUGAGACUGGACCUCCUGGAGGUUCUGGUCAAAGACUGGACCUCCUGCAGGAUCUGGUCUGAAGCUAGUUCUCCCGGAGAGUUCUGGUCUGAGACUGGACCUCCUGCAGAACCUGGUCUGAAACUGGACCUCCUUAAGGUUCAGGCCUGAGGCUGGACCUCCUGAAGGUUCUAGUCUAAGACUAAACCUCAUGCAGGUUCUGGUCUGAAACGAGACUUUCAAACGGACUUUUUCUAAAAGGGACUCAGGAAUGUUGCUGGGAAUUCUGGGAUAGAGGAGUUCAGCUGUUCUUUCUUCUGAACUGUCACCAAAGGUUUUUCUUUUGUCAGUGGUUCUGGUCCGGCGGGGCGGUUCCUCUGGCUUCUUUUGGCUCAUUGAGGCAGGACUGUAGAGAAUGACCUCACCUGUGGCAGCAGAAGCGGUUACCUGUGGGAUCAGCUGUUUGGGCGUGACUCUUGUUUACCGUGUGUUUGUACCAAAGAACCUCAAUAAAUCCGGUUUACUUCUG